AUGAUGCUUCCCGCUCCUGGGAAGUAUUCUAGAGUUAUUCAUGGUCGAAAAUUGGACUUAUCGUAUAUUCUGCCAAAUCUAGCAGCUUGCUCUGGUCCUACAGACAAUAAAGCUAAGGUGUGUGCUAAUAACAUAGUCGACUUAAUAGAGGCGUUAAAUCGGAACCAUGGGAAGAACAACUGGAUGAUAGUGAACCUAAGGGAAGAAAAGGUGGGAUAUGAUCCUUCAAUUGUCAAAGAUAUGGGUGGAGAGUUCUUAUACAGACCAUUCAAAGACCAUAGUCCUAUUCCUUUGUUCUCCUUGCUGGAGACGGUCGUUGAGAUUGAGGAAUAUCUCCAGCGAAGUCCCACCAAUGUGGUAGUCGUACAUUGCAAGCAUGGUAAGGGAAGGACAGGAAGCAUAAUCGUGGCAUAUCUGAUGUUCAAAUUUGGACUAUGCUUCCGAGAAGCUAAUGCCGUUUUCCAAGAACGUAGGAGAGCUUUUCGUACAGGUAUCACCAUCCAGUCCCAAAUUCGUUACAUGCAUUAUUUUGAGUUCUUCUUACUGGAUAAGAAGAGACAACAAUUCUAUCGGCAGUUGCUGAAGAGCGACUUUUGUGCAACAGAUGUCAAAAUCAGGAUAAUUAACCCUAGUCGCUCAUUACUCGACAACGCAAAUAACAUGCUGGUGACCAUCAGCGGAGAGAAGGCAUGUUUAAAAGAGGUUGAAAAUAUGCGAAUCACAUACUACUGUGCAGUAUCUUGUGAGCCAGAUAUGGUCGUCCGAUUCGACUUCAAUUUAAAUUCGAUUUUACAGGGAUUGGGUAGAGUCUGGAUUAACACAGUAAUGGAAUACAUCUACCAGUAUUUGGCCACCAAACAGUCUUUCAAUUAUUUUGAGCGACCAAGGUCCAAGGUAAAGAAAAAUCCAACUCAGGUCGCUCAUUGUCUUGUGGCAAUUCCUUGGUCUGAACUCGAUGGAUUUAAAGGAACUAAAAGCAAGGGUGUCAAGCUUCUGGAAAGCGUGGAGAUUGAAUUUACGGCUACGCUUAAGAAUACAGAAGAUAUGGUUUCCAUUCAACGCCAGCUUGCCUUGGCUGGUAUGUUAGGCAUGAAGAAAUAG